CUUGCGACCAGAGCUUGCCAAAGCAGAUCCAACGAACUUCGAAAGCCCCUCAACAAAUCAACAACAAUGAAACUCUUCGUCUUCGCUGUGUGCGCCAUCGCCGUGGCCUCCGCCGACGUGUCCCACCUGAACCUGGGCAGUGGCUACAGCUACAACAAGCCCACGCCCACCUUCAACAUCCCCUCGGCCCCCGCCCCGGCUUACCUGCCUCCUGUCCAGGACAUCCCUGCGCCAGCUCCAGUGUACUCUGCUCCUGCUCCUGCUCCAGUUUACUCUGCUCCUGCUCCAGCUCCAGUUUACUCUGCUCCCGCACCAGCUCCAGUUUACUCUGCUCCCGCCCCAGCGCCCGCUUCGGAGUACCUGCCCCCUGUCCAGGACAUUCCAGCUCCAGCUCCAGCCCCAGUUUACUCUGCUCCUGCACCUGCUCCAGUUUACUCUGCCCCUGCUCCUGCUCCAGUGUACUCCGCACCAGCUCCAGCUCCUGAGUACCUGCCUCCUGUCCAGGACAUCCCUGCCCCAGCUCCAGUUUACUCUGCUCCUGCUCCCGCUCCCGCUCCAGUUUACUCUGCUCCUGCUCCUGCUCCAGUUUACUCUGCCCCUGCUCCCGCUCCAGUGUACUCCGCACCAGCUCCAGCUCCUGAGUACCUGCCUCCUGUCCAGGACAUCCCUGCCCCAGCUCCAGUUUACUCUGCUCCUGCACCUGCUCCAGUCUACUCUGCCCCAGCACCUGCUCCAGCUCCCGUUCCAGAGUACCUGCCCCCUGUCCAGGACAUCCCAGCUCCUGCACCCGCUCCAGUUUACUCUGCUCCCGCACCCGCUCCAGUUUACUCUGCUCCCGCACCUGCUCCAGUUUACUCUGCUCCUGCUCCCGCUCCCGUGGAGUCGGGCUACCAGUACAACGUGCCUGCCAAGCGAUUCCGCUUCUAGGAUGGAUCACAGGUGGAGCCCACGGAGCGCCACAGCCAUUCGCGUGGCGACGGCUUGUUAAAUUAACAAGCGCAGUCGCCCAUUGUUGUUGAAUAUUUGUUGUUACGCAAAGUUCCCGUUGAGAUUUUAGCUAAUAAAUAAUCAUAAAAAACGUAUUAAAAUGUAAACACAAGCG